AAAACCUAAUUGAAGAAGAAGAAGAAGACGUAAAGGGAAACGCUAGUCAGAGAAUUUGCGCUAUAGGUCGUGAUGACUUGUUAAAAUUCUGUUAAUUCACUUUUAAAUCCUAUCAUAAUCAUUUGACUUAAGCUAACAAAUCUACAUUAAAGUGUCUAAUUCAGGAAGCUAACAAAAUAGACUGUCAUCAUAGCAAACGGUUUUCUACGUAGCUCUGCCUUUUAAACGUGUCCUUGCGCAAACAUUAUUAACGAUCAAGCCCAACAUCUGACUGUCUGUAUACUGCUGUCAUGGAUCAAAUAGCGAUCACUGCAGAAGUACCAAAGAGUCCAUGGGGCGCAACCACAACCAAGGUGGUGUCUCCCUGCUCCUUCACUGACGUCAUGAGCGAGCAGCUGGCCAAGCAACUGGAUGAUGAAAGUAAUGCUUUCCCUGAUUUCUCAAAUGUCAGCGCUGAUCUGGAUGCCGGUGAGGAGCCAGAGACAGACAGUGAUCUGAUGCUGGCUCAGAUGCUGCAGAUGCAGUUUGACAAGGAGUUUGACACCCAGCUGCGCACAGAAGAAAAGAAGUUCAAUGGGGAUAGCAAACUGUCCAUCUCCUUUGAGAACUAUCGCAUGGUGCACACUUACGAGGACAGCGACAGCGCCGAGGAUGAAGUUGAUUGGCAAGAUAGUCGUGACGACCCCUACAAAGCUGACAAGCCCACGACAACUCCAAGGAGAGGCUUUACUGGGAAAGGCAAGAACAUCACUACUAAGCACGAUGAGGUUGUGUGUGGCAGGAAGAAUACUGCACGCAUGGACAAUUUUGCCCCAGAGAUCAAUGUGGGAGAUGGGCUUGGCAUGGACCUGAAGCUCUCCAACCAGGUGUACAACUCCCUCAAGCAACACUGCUACUCCGAGCAGCGUCGCAGUGCCCGGCUGCAUGAGAAGAAGGAGCACUCCACUGCUGAACAAGCAGUGGACCCAAGGACCCGUCUGCUCAUGUACAAAAUGGUGAACGCAGGCAUUCUGGAGAACAUCAACGGCUGCAUCAGCACCGGGAAGGAGUCUGUGGUGUUCCACGCAAAUGGGGGAAGCAUGGAGAAGAAUGCUGUCCCAGAUGAGUGUGUGCUCAAGGUCUUCAAGACCACACUCAACGAGUUCAAGAACCGUGACAAGUACAUCAAAGAUGACUACCGCUUCAUAGACCGCUUCAGCAAGCUGAACCCCCGCACGAUCAUCCGCCUGUGGGCUGAGAAGGAGAUGCACAACCUGGCACGUAUGAAGAAGGCUGACAUUCCAUGCCCCGAGGUGGUGGUUCUGAAGAAGCACAUCCUUGUGAUGUCGUUCAUCGGCAAGGACCAUGUGCCGGCUCCCAAACUGAAGGAGGCCAUGUUGGGCUCUGAGGACAUGAAGAGGGCCUAUGACCAAGUGGUUCAUAUGAUGCAACAGUUGUAUCAGGAGUGUAACCUCGUCCAUGCUGACCUGAGUGAAUACAACAUGCUGUGGCAUGAGGGCAAGGUUUGGCUGAUUGACGUGAGUCAGUCCAUCGAGCCCAAUCACCCUCACAGCCAUGAGUUCCUGUUCAGGGACUGCAGGAACGUGGCUACGUUCUUCCAGAAGGGCGGGGUGUCUGAGGCCAUGAACGUGUACGAGCUCUUCAACGUUGUGUCAGGGCUGCAGCUCAGUGGUGACAGUGAGGCAGAGUUCCUUGCCCAGAUCGAGGCACUGGAGAAGAUGAAUGAGGACCACGUGCAGAGAAGGGGCAAGAAAAUGUACACCUUCAGCACCAGUGACGGAGGGCCUCCCCUAUUACACGACGAGGAUGAUUAACAAUGAGAUAUUAGACACCAUGAAUAGCUGCAUGGAACCUGUUUGGUUGAUUGUUUGAGAGAAUGGGUCGAGUAAACCCCCCCCCAUGGUCUCUCACAAUGAGGUAUGCAAGAGGUCGAAAGGUCGCUGCAUCCCAAGAUGGUGUCAUAGGCUACACUGGGAUCAGUGGGCUAAAAAGGCUCCCGACCACCUCCAUGAAAUGUCAUCAUCUCAUCCCAUUACUACGGCUGCAGAUGGAUCAGUGGGCUAAAAAGGCUCCCGACCACCUCCAUGAAAUGUCAUCAUCUCAUCCCAUUACUACGGCUGCAGAUGGAUCAGUGGGCUAAAAAGGCUCCCAACCACCUCCAUGAAAUGUCAACAUCUCAUUCCAUUACUACGGCUGUAGAUGGAAUGGAUGGGGACAUCUGAGGGGAUACAUGACAGAUAAUGCAUCUACAUGCAAACACAAUAAUUGCUUUUGAAAUUAGAGGGUAUUAGUAACCAGCAUUAAUGACAUUAUGAACAAGUUAUAUUCACGAGUAAACUGAGCUCGAAUGAAAAGAGCAUUGCAUUAUGUUCUGAAUGGAACAAAUUGUCAUCCAACAUUUUGGUGAAGAAACCAAAGUAUCAGUGAAUAUUUUAAUCAUGAAAAGGUGCUGUGAAUGAAGACACACAAUUAAUUGUUUGUCAUUGUCUCCCAAGAUACAAUGAGGUCCAUUGUACUUACAAUGGAGCUGUCAUGUUUGUGUGCUCUCUGUAAUUGCAAUAUUAUGGUGGAAAUAAAUGGUAAAAAUAA